UGCUCCCCGGCAUUCUCGCUUCCAGAUUGCUUCUCUCUCUUCUCUCUGGGAACGGUCUCCGGGGCUUUCUCAGGCGAUCCAAACGCCAGAUUCUUGAUUUCAGAGCGGGUAUUUUCUGCUUUCUGAUAUCUAUUAGAUCUGUCUGGUUCUUGGAUUACUGAGAAAAGCCUUAUUGUGUCAAAAAGAUCAAGUAUUUUGUUGAGCCAUAACCCAAAGAUCUGAUUUUUGAAUGCCCUUUGAAACCAUGGCUGCAGAACAAUCAAGAGCCCCAUUGCUCCAAGCUUCUUCCACUCGGCUCCCAGACUUCAAACAAUCAGUUAAGCUUAAGUAUGUCAAGCUUGGCUACCACUACCUCAUCACCCAUGGCAUGUACCUCUUUCUUACACCCCUUCUUGCUGUCAUUAUUGCCCAGAUUUCCACCUUCUCCUUUCAAGACCUCUGUGACCUUUGGGACCAUCUUAGAUUCAACCUUAUUUCGGUGGUCCUUUGUUCUACCCUGCUUGUUUUCCUCUGCACCCUCUACUUCAUGACUCGGCCUCAACCUGUUUAUCUUGUUAACUUUGCUUGUUACAAACCCGAUGAUGCGCGGAAGUGCACUAGACAAAUCUUCAUGGAGAGGUCUCGGUUGAUAGGUACCUUCACUGAAGAAAACCUUGAGUUUCAGCGCAAAAUCUUGGAAAGGUCUGGCCUUGGUGAGGACACUUACCUCCCUGAGGCUGUCCUUAAUGUGCCCCCUAAUCCUUGUAUGGCCGAGGCCAGAAAGGAGGCUGAGGCUGUCAUGUUUGGAGCUGUGGAUGAGCUCUUUGCCAAGACUAAUGUCAAACCCAAAGACAUCGGCAUUUUGAUUAUCAAUUGUAGUUUGUUCAAUCCUACCCCAUCUCUUUCAGCCAUGGUUGUCAACCAUUACAAGCUGAGGGGAAAUAUUGUUAGUUUUAAUCUUGGUGGAAUGGGUUGCAGUGCUGGUCUUCUAUCCAUUGCCCUUGCCAAGGAUCUUCUUCAAGUUUAUCCCAAUUCCUAUGCUCUGGUUAUAAGCAUGGAGAACAUCACUUUGAACUGGUACUUUGGGAAUAACCGUUCUAUGCUUGUCUCGAAUUGCCUGUUCCGGAUGGGUGGAGCUGCUAUCCUUCUGUCAAACAAGAGGUCUGAUAAGGGUCGCUCCAAGUACCAGUUGGUUCACACUGUCCGCACUCACAAAGGAGCAGAUGACAAGUGCUUCAGUUGUGUGACUCAGGAGGAGGAUGAUAAUGGAAAGAUUGGUGUUGCUCUGUCGAAAGAUCUGAUGGGAGUUGCCGGUGAUGCUCUGAAGACCACAUUACCACUCUUGGGUCCUCUUGUGCUUCCCAUGUCUGAACAGUUACUCUUCUUUGCUACAUUGGUUGGGAGGAAGCUUCUCAAAAUGAAGAUAAAGCCUUACAUUCCUGAUUUCAAACUGGCUUUUGAGCAUUUCUGUAUUCACGCUGGAGGGAGAGCAGUGCUGGAUGAACUGGAGAAGAACUUGCAUCUCUCUGACUGGCACAUGGAGCCGUCGAGGAUGACACUCUUUAGAUUUGGCAACACCUCAAGCAGCUCUCUUUGGUAUGAACUGGCUUAUACUGAAGGAAAGGGAAGGGUCAAGAAGAAUGAUCGUGUUUGGCAGAUUGCUUUCGGUUCUGGCUUCAAAUGCAACAGCGCAGUCUGGAAGGCUUUAAAGACAGUGAAUCCAGCAAAGGAGAAGAAUCCCUGGAUGGAUGAGAUUGAUAACUUCCCAGUAUCUGUUCCAAGGGUGGCGACAAUUUGAGUUGGCAAUGCUUUUCAAAAUGCUUCACUGUUUAUAGGAUUUCGCUGUAAUCAUAAUUGUUUUCAGAGAUCUAUUUUGACAGAUUUAUGUUACACCCAUUAUAUCUAUUUAUAUUGUUCCAUUUAUA